AUGACUUCCCACCCAUCUCAAUCAUGCUGCUACCAAGGAUUCCAGCAUGAUGGAACACCACAAGGCACAGUCACAAAUUUAGAUGGUUUCGAGGUCUAUACCAGCUACCCCCUUAGCGAGUCAACGGAGUAUGGGGUAUUGCUACUCUCAGAUAUUAUUGGCCACCGAUUCACAAACUCCCAACUCGUCGCUGACCAAUUUGCAAAGAAUGGCUAUUUUGUUAUGAUGCCGGACCUCUUUCACGGUGACCCUGUGCCGCUGAACAAACCAGGUGAAUUCGAUAUGCAGAAGUGGAGAAUGGGAGCAUACCACCCCGAAGGAAAGGCCCAUCUGCCUGCGGAUGUCGAUCCUAUUAUUGAGACUUGCAUUAGAGAGAUGCGCGCAAAAUAUAAUUGCAAGAAGCUUGGAGCUGUGGGAUACUGUUUUGGCGGAAAGUAUGUCGUUCGACACCUACAUCCUGGAAAGUUUGAUGUUGGUUACACAGCGCAUCCAACACAUAUUGAUGCGGAUGAAUUAAAAAGCAUGAAGGGCCCCCUGGCCAUUGCUGCUGCCGAAAUCGAUGCAUUAUUUCCCUCAGAAAAACGCCUAGAAACAGAGACCAUCUUAAAGGAAUCGAAUUUUCCCUGGCAAAUGAACCUAUACAGUGGCGUUCAGCAUGGCUUUGCGGUGCGAGGCAAUGAUGACGACCCGGUGGCAAGAUACGCGAUGAACAACGCGUUUCUGCAGGCAAUUGAGUGGUUUAAGGAGCAUCUUAUUUGUUAA